AUGGAUUUAUUUGAAGAGGAUGAUGAUUUUGAAAUAAUUCAAUAUUUGAAUUAUCAACGUCGUCUAUACACUGUACAUGAAAAAAUAAAUCAUAUGCUGGCGUGGGAUGACCAUGACUUUAGGGUGAGAUUCAGACUUGGGAAAAAUGUUGUUCGUAAUUUAUUAGAAUAUAUUGAAGACGAAAUAGCUUCACAAACUACUAGGAAUAAUGCUGUUACACCAAUAAAUAAAUUACUGUUGACUCUGAGGUUUUAUGCUACGGGAAAUUUCCUAAUAACGGCUGGUGAUUUUAUUGGCGUUAGUAAGACCACAGCUUGUUUGAUAGUACGCAAUAUAGCGUAG